CUUCCCCAACACAAAACAGGCUAAUAAAACUCAGAAUUCUCCUUCUUUUCCAGCGGUUCAGGUACUUUCGUCACCGGUUGAAACAGAAGUUUUUCACAAUAACGCGAAGGUAAUCGUGGAAUUGAGUAAUGGAAGGGAAUGCGAAAAGCGAGCAAAUCGUGGAUGUAGGGGCGGUUGUCGAAGCUGUUUCAGCUGAUGACGGUGAUGCUCCUCUCUACAGCCUCGAAAGUCUUUGCAUGCGAUGUGGUGAAAACGGGAUUACAAGAUUUUUAUUGACUUUAAUUCCUCACUUCAGAAAGAUUUUGUUAUCAGCUUUUGAAUGUCCACACUGUGGUGAGAGGAACAAUGAAGUACAGUUUGCUGGUGAAAUUCAACCACGUGGUUGUCGUUACACUUUGGCAAUCCCAUCAGGCGAGCAGAAGGUUGGGUUUAUUCAAAUUUCAACUCCCCAUCCCCAUAUGAUUAUUGUAAAUGAUAUAACACAACAUAUAUGGCCCCUAGAUGAAUUUUAAACAUGUUGUAGUAACCAGGGUACAUAUAAUACUGAUUUGGGUGCAGGUACUCCAAUACUCUUUAUCAUCUAGCUUCUUCCCAUUCAGUUAAUGUCCAUGCUGAGGUUCUUGACACUAGUGACUGCCCUAGUUUGAAGGAUGAAUUUUCACACUUUUGCCGAUGUCUUUCUCUUAAAUAGCAUCCAUGUUUAAGUUAGAAGAC